UUGUCGCUGCCUUCUUAGUGGUGUUUAUAAACAAAUGCUCAUAUAUAUAGCUAUUUAUUUCGAUAGUUCAAUGUAAUUUAGUUUUAAUUAAUAAUAUUAUAUGAACUUGUCGAAUACAAAAUGACAGACGAUACACAAAUGAGCAAGUUAGAAGAUUUAUGCAGACUUUGUCUGGAAGGGCCAGGAUGUGUUGAUAUUUUCAAAACAUAUCUCUUAUCGCAAAAUAUACAGUCGUGUACAGGGGUUGAAGUUCAAAUGACGGAUAAACUACCCAAAUCAGUAUGCAGAACUUGUUUCGACAUUGUUAAUAGAGCUUAUCGCCUGCGAUUAACAGCAGCAGCUAAUGACAAGCAUUUGAGAGCUCUAUUGAAUACUAUAAAUUAUCUUGAAAAUGAAUCGCUGCAAUCAGAUGAGAAAUCUGAUGAAAUCGAUUCUGCUGAAGAAAUUGUAUAUGUGAAAGAAGAAAUAAUUGAUGAUAAAACCGAGGAUCAUAACACCAUUGAUUUAGAGCAGAAUACAAGAGAACCAUCAUCCAAAAUAAUCAAAGUUAGAUCAGAUUUAUUUGAUAACAAGGAAUCAAAAUCUUCAAGACAUAUGAAAGCAUCCCCAACAUCUAAGAAAGAUGUCUCGAAUAAGUGCAGUACAUGCGGUAAAACAUUUCUAACACGAAAAAAAUUGUACUUGCACGAUCGCCUACACAAUAAAAUACACGCGUGCACUACAAACGGUUGUGACAAGAAGUUUGCUACAAAGGGAGAUCUAAACAAACACAUCAGGACACACACGGGCGAGAAACCAUACAUGUGCUGUAUCUGUGAGAAAAACUUUGCUCAAAGCGGAACAUUGAAGACUCAUUUGGAAUCUCAUUUGGAAUCAUAA